AACCACUCCCAGGAACAUUUCCGAAGCACACCAUUAUUCUUCAGAACCUGGCCUGCGGCUGUUUUUGUAGGUAUAAAAGAGGCUCAGUUACCUACUUGCUUGUCUGUCGUGAUAUUCUGCAGCACUGGUCCUACAGUCUGUGAUUGCAGCUUUGGACGUGAAGAUUUAAGGUGGAAGAAUGCCUCCCCCCGGAGUAUGCUUAAACAUCGUGAAGGAACGAUACAAGAAGGAUGGGCGGGGCACCCCUGAUAACCCGGACAAAUUCCUGGACCAGGAUUUUGCGUAUCUGCGUGAGUACUGCCUCAUCCGGGGCAUGAGGUAUAUUGAUGACAUGUUCCCACCGGACAGGGCAUCCAUUGGUCCAGGACUUCUGUCUCCUGAGGAAAUGGCAAAAGUGGAUUGGGUGAGACCCACGAAAUCCAUGCCGAAUCCUUGUCUAUUUGUUGAUGGUGUUUCAAGAUUUGACUUUGCCCAAGGAGCAGUAGGUAAUUGCUGGUUCUUGGCCUCAAUUGGUGCACUGACAUUUCAGCAGCAUAUACUGAAACAAGUGUUGCCCGUUGACCAGGACUUUCAGAAAGACUAUGCCGGGAUAUUCCAUUUCAGAUUCUGGAGGUUUGGAAAGUGGGUCGACGUCGUGAUUGACGACAAGCUGCCGACACUGAAUGGGAAUUAUAUUUUUGUUCACUCGAAAACCCCGAAUGAAUUCUGGCCUGCGCUGCUGGAGAAGGCCUAUGCCAAGGUAUGCGGUUCUUAUGCUGACAUGAAUUCUGGGGAUGUGUCGGAGGCUCUUAUGGACUUCACUGGCGGGAUCCACAUGACCUUCCAGCUGAGCGAUGCUCCACCAAGCCUUUGGGAUCUCAUGUUUCGUGCUGCCGAAUCCAAGUCUUUAAUGGGCUGUGGCACACCACAAGGGGAUACAUCAGCCAACACAGUGCUACCAAACGGACUAGUUCAGGGCCAUGCCUACACAAUAACAGGAGUGACAGAGGUGACGAGCCAGGGCAGACCUGUUAAACUGGUCCGUCUGUGGAACCCAUGGGGCCAAGGAGAGUGGAAUGGAGACUGGAGUGAUAAGUCCCCUUGUUGGCAGACUGUGAGUUUGGAGGAGAGAACAAACUGCUUGCAAGUAGAUGACGAUGGAGAAUUCUGGAUGACCAUGGAGGACUGGUGCCGGCAUUACGUAAGUGUGGAUAUCUGCUGCCUGUGUCCUGACUUCCUGGACGACUCUCAUUCCUGCCACUGGGCGUCAUCCUUCCACCAAGGCCGCUGGGUAGCAGGGACCACUGCAGGCGGUUGCAUGAACCACAAAGAUACUUUCUGGAUCAAUCCUCAGUAUCGGAUUAAGCUGAAACAGUUGGACCAGGACUGUGAAAGUCUCCAAGGACCCAACAACGUGCUGGUGUCUCUUAUGCAGAAACCUGACAAGAGAAACCGUCGCCUGGUGUCCAGCCUACACAUCGGUUUCUCCAUUUUUGAGGUACCACCACAAUUUCACGGACAAAAAGGCAAAUUCCCUGCUUCUUUCUUUGAAAUCAAUAAGCCAGUUGCACAGACCAAAAAUUACCUGAAUGCCCGUGAGGUGAUGGAGUUCUUCCGCCUCAGACCCGGAGAGUACAUCAUCGUCCCAUCAACGUUCAGACCCAACGAAACUGCCUCUUUCAUCUUAGCCAUCCUCUCCAAGAAUGAGACGCACAUUCACGAAAACACCGCCCAUCAUGGUGUUGAGAUUCAUAAGCCAAUUGGCCAUAGGGAAAAUGGUGAGAUAAAAGAUAAUAAAUUGUUCCGCCAAUACUCCGAUCAGUAUGAGGAGGUUAAUGCUGAGCAACUGCAGAAACUACUGAAUGACAACAUCGUCAAUGGACUCAACUCUGUGUCUGGGGGCUUUACCCUGGAUGCCUGCAGGGGGCUUGUGGCAUUGAUGGAUCUGUCAAUUACAGGAACAUUAAAUGGCCAAGAAUUUACCCGUAUGUGGAAGCGAGUCAUUAAUUACAAGGAAAUUUUCUUCCAGACAGAUACUGACAGAACAGGAACUCUGUCUUUGCUCGAGCUAAGGAAUGCGGUGGAAGCCACAGGUAUCAAGCUAAGUGAUGACAUACUGAACCUCCUGGCCCUGCGGUAUGGCGGAUCCUCUGGUGACCUCUCCCUGGAGAACUUCAUCUGCCUCAUCCUGCGUCUGGAUUGCAUGGCCAAAAUAUUCAAGAAGUUGUCUGAUGGCCAGGGAAUGUAUCUUCGGGAGUCAGAGUGGAUGUACCUCAGCAUGUACUCAUGAGCCUGGAGUUGCAGCCUAGUCCCAGAUUCCAGCUGAGAUUAAGAACAAACCAGAGUAUUAAUCAUCACAUGACAAUGGCUAUGAGUCCAACAAGGUCAAUUAACAAACCACAUCUUGCUAGCAAUGUGUAAGAAGGUUGCAGAAAAUGUAUUUUGGAGCGCUACAAACUAUCACUUUUAUUUGGGUACAAAACCAACUUCAAAGUGCCUCCAUGUGUUUUCAACCUGUUUUUAUUUUCUUUUUUUUUCUUUUUUUUUGCCAUUAAAGUUGUAUCUUUUCAUUUGAGCUUUUCCCACAUAAUAAUGGCUUACAGAGCAUGGUCCUUCACUAUUUUUGUAAUUCAGUCAUGUCAUGUUUUUUUUUUUUUUUUUUUUUUUUUUUUAAAUUCAGUUGCCUUACUGAAUAUUUACACAAUUUCUUUAAAAUUGUCAAUGCUCUCAACUACUAUAAGUUACUACAAAUAUGGAGGUCUAACUUUUUAUAAGCAGCAAACUUCAUUUUUUUAUGUAUAUGCAGCUUGUUUCCAUUAUGCAAGUAAACCAAGAGGAAUCAUCAAAAGUUAAUAAACUCAAUCUAAUACAGAUAGCAGGUACAGUGAUACCAAUGAUAGUCAAAAUUGACCAUAUUAAAAUUGAAUGACAUUCCUUCCAAAUGGUGUGUAUAUCCUAUGAAUUACAAAAUAGUUUAAUCGGUUUGUACAGGUCCCUGUCUGAUGACAACCCAUUACAGGGAUCAUGGAGCAUUCAUGGAGUUGCAUGGACAGCAAAGGCUGUCUUAUGGUAGAUCAUAUCUUGCAUAUCUACUUGUUUUUGGUGGAUGGGGUUAAACAUGUUAUUCAGUUUUUUAUAUCCAUUGAACUUUUUAUAGUCAAAUUGUAUUUUAUAUUCAUAUUCAUUUAUAUUCAGACCUGCGAGUCAAAAGUUUAAGAAUUUUACUUGAUGUUACUUAAAGGUAAGAUGAAAAAGAUUAAAGGUAUUGGUUGGUAUAAAACCACGAAACUAGAAGACAGAAGUUUCUGUAUGUGUUCAUGACCCACUCUUACAAUGAGGGGCAUUGUGUGUUCUUUAAGCAGUUUACAUCACUGCCAAAAAAGCAAUAGCCUACAUUGGACCUACCACAGUAAAACAGUUUUUUUCUGUUGAACCAGGAUUGCCAUUGUAAAUGCCAAUGAGAAUAGAGGGCUGACAUGGAUGAUGUUUUUUUUUUUUUUUUUUGAGAAGUGGGUUUUGAGGUUUAAGGAUGAGCUGACGGCAUGAAGAAAUUGUGUGGUCUGCAAUAAAGGAUUGUUGGUGAAAGGGAGCCCGAAUCUUCAGUGAGUUACAGUUCGAAUGAGGCAAUGUUUCAUUCACACAGCAGUUGUGCAAAUGACACCAGUCACUAUGACAGUGCCUCUGUAAUUCUCUGUAAGUCCAAAGUUUUGUAACCAUUUUAUAUUCUGGAUUAUUUUCCCUUUAUAUUGGUUAUUGGGGUUAAAUCAUUAAAAUGUAGAACUAG